AAGUGGUGCAACCUGGACUUCUAAGGGCCUUCAUGUUUCCCUCCCACGCAGACCACAAUCAGACACCUCACAUGCUCUGACAUCCAAUGAGAAGGCAGGACCUCCGACAGCGGCUGUAUCAUCUCCAGAUCUCCAGUUCAAGGCAAGGGCCUUCCCCGCCCCACCUCCUGUGCCCUGGCGUGGGGCACGUCCUCCCGCUGGUCCCAGAUGUCCAGUUCCAGAUGCCUGGUCUCAGGUGGGGAAAUAACCACUGGAGAAGCCCCCACUCCACAAGCUGCCCAGGCAAGAUGUGGUGGCUACUCCUCUGGGGAGUCCUCCAGGCUUGCCCCACGCAGGGCUCCGUGCUCUUGGCCCAGCAGCUACCCCAGCAGCUGACAUCCCCUGGGUAUCCAGAGCCAUAUCUCAAAGGCCAAGAGAACUCCACUGACAUCGAGGCUCCAGAGGGCUUUGCCGUGAGGCUUGUCUUCCAGGACUUCGACCUGGAGCCGUCCCAGGACUGUGAGCAGGACUCUGUCACAAUCACAGCCAGUGGGAUGGAUCCAAGUCGGUUCUGUGGGCAGCAGGGCUCCCCGCUGGGCAGCCCCCCUGAUCAGAGGGAGUUUGUGUCCCCGGGGAACCGACUGCGGCUGACUUUCCGAGCCCCUGCCUCCUCUCAGGACAGGACCACUGGCCUCCACAAGGGCUUCCUGGCCCUCUACCAAGCUGUGGGUGUGAACCGCAGUCAGCCCGUCAGCCAGACCAGGGAAGCCUCUGAGGCCCGAACACGUGGAGACAGCCCCUCCAAGACCCAGAAGCGCUGCCAGGAGCCCUAUUAUCAGGCCGCGCCAGCAGGGACACUCACCUGCACACCCCAGGGCCCCUGGAAGGAGACACAAGACAGGGAGGAGCUUCCUCACUGCAUCCCGGUCUGUGGCCGGCCGGUCACCCCCAUCGCCCAGAACCAGGAGGCCCUGGGUUCCUCCAGAGCCAAGUUGGGCGACUUCCCCUGGCAAGCUUUCACCAAUAUCUACGGCCGCGGGGGCGGGGCCCUGCUGGGCGACAGGUGGAUCCUCACGGCCGCCCACACCAUCUAUCCCAAGGACGGCAUCUUUCUCGGGAAGAACCGGAGCGUGGAGGUGUUCCUGGGCCACACAAGCGUAGACGAGAUGUUGCGGCUGGGGAGCCACCCUGUGCGCCGCGUGGUGGUGCAUCCGGACUACCGCCAGCACGAGUCCCACAACUUCGACGGGGACAUCGCGCUCCUGGAGCUGCGGCGCAGCGUGCGGCUGGGCCCCAGCCUGCUGCCCGUCUGUCUGCCCGAGCGCCAGGCCCUCUACCGCAGCGGCGUGUGGGGCUACGUCAGUGGCUUCGGCGUGGACAAGGGCUGGUUAACCACCCAGCUGAAAUACUCCGGGCUGCCCGUGGCCCCGCGCGCGGCCUGCCAGGCCUGGCUCCAAGAGAAGCAGAGGUCUGAGGUGUUUUCUGCCAACAUGUUCUGUGCUGGGGAUAAGAUGAGGCAGCAGAAUGUCUGCCAGGGGGACAGCGGGGGCGUCUAUGUGGUAUGGGAUGAGCGCGCCCAUCACUGGGUGGCCACGGGCAUAGUCUCCUGGGGCGUGGGCUGUGGCAAGGGCUAUGGCUUCUACACCAAAGUGCUCAACUACCUGGACUGGAUCAAGGGAGUGAUGGAGGGGAAAGACUGACCCUGGGGGCGCUUGAACAGUGACACCCAGCUGUGGAGCGUCCCCCCAUCCGGGAGAGGGUUAGGAGGGAGGACUGGGCUCAGGGAUGGCGCUGGGGGCAGGGAACCCCUAUUCCUGUCCUGUCCCUUGUGCGAGAGAGCUCCUCCUCCUUCCCAGUGCCCCCCCCCUCCUCUUUCUCCACCUUCUUGCCCGAGUUUGCGCUCCACCCAGGAAAGCCCUGGACAUCUCAGCCAGUUUCCCUUUAAACUUCAUCUCCUGCUGA